AUGUCGACAACGCAACCUGCAACCAAGAAACACAGAAAGACCAAGUCUCAAACUACUCCGGAGGCAACGGGGGAGCCGUCGCAGCCCAUCGCUUCAACCUCGACCUCGACCUCCACCUCCGCCCCUGUCGACGAUCCCCGAUUCGCAGCCCUGUUCCCCGCCGAUGACGACGACGAAGAUAGAGACCCCAACAAUAACCUCACACCCCGUCCCCCCUCCCCCGACUCCUUCCCGCAACAAGCCCCCCUCCCCUCGCAUCUCCUCCCCAAGUCCGCCUCCGAUUCGAACCGUCCCAGCCCAGGCUUGAUCUACCUCUCGCGUAUACCCCCGGGAAUGGGGCCCAGUAAAGUCAAGCACGUGCUGAGCAAUUAUGGGAACGUAGGCAGGAUUUAUUUGGUCAAGAUUGGUCAGUUGGCGAGGAGGAUUUCUUGACUCUCUAGCAAGUUCGGAGGGGAGGGGGGGGGGGAAAGGGAAAAGGAAGAAGAUUCUGACUCGUCAACAAUUCGAAUGCGAAUGUAGAUUCCCAACAAGCCCAACCUUCUUCAUCAAAGAAACGCCAAAACAAGCAUGGUAACGGCCACGAGAAGCAUCAAUCGCAUCGCUUCAAAGAAGGCUGGGUCGAGUUUGAGGACAAGCGCGUCGCUCGAUCCGUCGCCGAGAUGUUGAAUGCCAAUACCAUAGGUGCGUAACAAGUCACGCCGAGUAUAGUACGCUGCCUGUUUUGUUCUGACAGUGGACUGUGUGACGACGACUACAGGAGGCAAGAAGGGCACGCCCUGGCGCGACGACGUGUGGACGAUGAAGUACCUCCCCAGGUACAGGUGGGACAUGUUGUCCGAACAAGUCGGUGCGUGCGCCCUCUCAGCCUACAAAUCAGAGCACCCUCGCUCACCUCGCCACUCUCGAUUUCCUUCUCCCCAGCCCUCGAACGAGCAACCCAAACCUCGCUUCUGCGCUUCCACCUACAACACUCCAAGACUGAACAAGAAGCCUACCUCGGCGCGGUCGAGAAGGCGCGCGUGGGCCAAAAGAUCAAGGAGAAACGACAGAUGCAGGGGACAUUAGAGGAGAAGGAGGGAGUCGCGGGGAAGAAGAGGAAAGGAGAGAGCGAGGGGGACGUUGGACCUGGGUCUACGGUGGGGGAAGGGAAGGAGGGACGCAAGCGGUCGUAUCGACAACGCCAGCUCGUCGACGUCGCGGACAAGGUCAAGGGUCACAGCAAGGGGGUUGGGCAAGAUGGCAAGGGAACCCAGGGUGACUUGAACGAUGUAUUGAGCAAGCUUUUCUGA